AUGCUUGACGAAGUAAACAUAAUGAUGAAGUAUAGCAAUUUGUCACUAACGGUGCAAAAAAGUCUUCUAAAGGCUCGACUUCUGGACCUGAAUUUUCAAGAUCAAGACUUAGCGAAUGUGAUUCAAAAAGCAAAAAAUGUUGUUGAUUUCGAUUUGGACAAGGACAAUCGUCUAAUUCGUCUUCUUUGGAUAUUACUGGACCAGAUAGAUCUUUGGCUAAGGUAUUAUAAUGUUGUUGUUAAUGACAAUAUAUCUUGGACCAAUCAAUAUCAAAUACCGCUUGAAAUCUUUGUAGUAAUUGAUAACAAGUGUAAAACCCGUCUUGUUUGUCAA